UGGUACGCAGGCGCAGAAGAGCGCACGGACUCCGUAGCUAUUGCGGCCUGCGAAGGCCGCGCUUUGGCCAGGCGACGCCCUCGGAGACCCGUUUCUCGGAUCCAUGUUCCCGUCGUGGGGUCUGUAUGGGGCAACCCCGGGGCAUUACCCUCCGCCCCCUACAAUGCUGUUGCCGCCGCCGCCUUUACCGGGCGUGCUGCCUACCUCCAUGCCGCCGCCGCCGCCUCAAAUCCCGCCGCCUGUUUUAGGUGGUUACUCGACCAGCUCGGCGACUUCUGGCGGUACCGGGACUGGGGGAUUUCUGAGCCUCCAGGAGCAGCACCUGGUCCAACUCCAGCAGCUCCAGCAGAUGCACCAGAAGCAGCUGCAAUCGGUGUUGCUAGGGGGGCCCCCUCCGCCCGUCCCGCCUCCCCCGACUAUGCCGCCUCCUCUGCCCGUUUCCUCCAUCGCCAGCACUUCCUGGCAGCCGCCGGUGCCCGCCGGGCCUCCGCCCGCGCGGAGCUAUCAGAAACAGUUUAAACACCGCGAUCCCCUUCCCCCGCCUUUGCCUCGGGAACCCCAGUUCCGAAACCCCCCGAUGCCGCCGCUUUCGUCUACAGAUGAGGUUGCCGAGUCAUCGCAGCCCCGCAAGGAGUGGGAGCCCCUGGUCCCCUCGUCCAGCCCUCGCAUGGAUAUGGACAUGGAUCUGUCUUCGCCGCCCCAAUCGCCGCCCCAGACUUUCAUGCCCCAGUUAGAAGCUGAGCCCUAUGUACCCCCGCCUCAGCCUCUGCCAGCGCAGAGCCAGAUCCCACCACCGCAGGCUUACCAGCCCCAUUUGCCCUUGUCUCAGGCAGUUCCCAAGACAUUUUCGGACGCCCCCUCUUCGACCCUCUCUCAGUCUUACCCAAACCAGGCCCAAAGUUACCAAGCCAACUCCCAGUCCUCCUCCCAGCUAGGCCAGCCCAUUGCAACAUCAGCCUCCCAGCCCGAAUCCCACUUCACUUCAUCCCAGAUUACUCAGAGUGCUUCCGAACCACCAGAAUUAAGAUUGAGCAGUGGCCCAGAGAAAGAGUUCGAGCAACAACAAAGCGGCUCACGUGCAGAUCUAUCCGCAAUGACUCCCCAGGAACAACAGCAAUAUUGGUAUCAACAGCAUCUACUUACCCUUCAGCAAAGGGCAAAAGCGCAUGCAUUGGGACAGCAACAGCCACCUAUUGUGAAUGAUGCCCCUGAACAGAGAAAAGAAAAAAGAGAAACAUCUGUUUCUAGUGGCCUUUCUGAACCCAGUUUGAAUUAUGAUCCCAUGUUACCACAUCCAAAAGAUGAAGAGCCUCCUGCGUCAUCUGUUGAACAUAAGCUAAGCAUUGAUCCUCCAGAAGAUCCUGAAGAAAGCUUGAGAUUACAGCAGCUACAGGCAGCAGCGACACAAUGGCAGCAACAUCCACAACAAAGAGUGGGUUUCCAGUAUCAAAGAAUAAUGCAAAAGCAUUCACAGUUGCAACAAAUUUUACAACGCUAUCAACAGAUUAUACAGCAACCAUCACAUUUGUCAACAGCAACAGUGGAUGUGCAGCUAAAGCAUUAUGAGACUCAGAAUAAACAAUUCCAGCCACUUUACAAAGAGUGGGAACGUGAAUUUCAGCAGUGGCAGGAUCAACUUCAGACCUAUCCUCACAAAGACCAGCUUCAUGAGUAUGAGAAACAGUGGAAAAUGUGGCAGGGACAAAUGAAAGCCACUUGCGCUCACCUUCAGGAGAAGGUGAAGUCUUUUAAAAACCUGAAUAAUACUCAGUGUCCUGGGAGCACGUUUCCAUUUUCUCCAUAUUCUCAAACAGUGCAAAGCACCAUGCCUGUUUUACCUGCAAUUACUCUUCCUCCACCAAUUCCUGGAUUUUCUGCUGACCCAGCGAUAUCUGACAUGACUGUUUCAAAAGAAUCUGGACCUAAGAGCACUCAAACCACAGAAACAAAACCAGCUCUGUUUCCUACUUCUAAUUCUUUUUCUUUUAAAGUUGGUGAAUCGCUUUCCAGUUCUCAGGGGACCGAAGGGAUCAGGCCAGCUCUUCUUCCUAUCCCUUCGUCUGGUUCUUUCAUGUCCAAAACAGAAGAUUCUUCUUCCACUUCCCAGAGCACGGAGACAACGAGGCCAACUUUGUUUCCUGCUCCUACCUCUUUUACAUUUAAAGUUACAGAGUCAGCUCCCACUUCUCAAAACACAGAAACAGCUAGACCAGGUCUUCUUCCUACCCCUGCUACUACUACAUUUGCAUUCAAAGCAACUGAAUCUCCUGCUACCUCCCAGACCGUGGAGACAACCAGGCCAGCUCUGCUUCCCACCCCUACCCAAACUUCCUUUCCUUUUAAAAAUAGUGAUUCAUCUGUCAUCCCACAGGCAACUGAAACAACUAGGCCAGCUUUGCUUCCAACUCCUACUUCUGCUUCUGCUUUUUCAUUUAAGAUUAAUGAUUCAAAUGCAGCUACCCAAGUCACUGAAACCACCAGACCGGCCCUUCUUCCUACCCCUUCCCCUGCUUCUUUUUCUUACACUGAUACAUCAGCCACUUUGCCUUAUCAUUCAAACGUAACAGCAUCUGAGAGCUCUUCAGACCAAGGUGAUUCUUAUGCUCCUCUGGGCAAACAGGCAGCAGCAUUUGGGUCAGCCUCAUCUGACUAUGCUAUUGUAAAAAUGAAAUCAGAAUCGACAAUAGCUUCAUCAUCUGUGUCCACCACUACUAUCACUACCACCACUGCUUACCAGAACAGAUCACUGAGGUCAGCUGAGUUUCCUGAUUCCUCCAGGGCACCAUUCUAUGAAGGUCCCAAGAGCCCAAGAUUCGAUGAACCCCGGGGAAGAGGCUAUGAGCCUCCAAGGCAAAGAGGUCCUAAUUUUCAGGGCCAACGCUUAGAAGGUCCAAGGGCAAGACAGAAUCAGCACAUAGAUGGAUCUUCAGGAAAACAGGGGACAAUCCCUCGGGGGCCAGCAGCAGCCUUUUACACUUCUUCGGUAGCAUCACAGAUGCAGUCUUCUCAAGCAAGUGGGCCAUGGUGGGGGGGACCUAGACCUCCUCUGGGACAACAGAACAAUCAAGUAGAAAAUAAAGAACUACUUACUGAUACUGUCAAUAAAUCUAAAUUUAUGUCUGAUGUAAACGUUUCUGGCCCAGUUCAGCCAGAUAAGGGACUGCCUAAUAUACAGCAAAAUAAAUCCAGGAAGGAGGCCAUAAAAACAAUGUCAGAAAUAAAGAAACCAAGUGCCAUGGAUUCCAGAUUACACACAGAAGCAUCCAAAACUUCUUGCACUUCCACAAGUCUGCAUCAGAUACCACUUUCCAAUAUUUCUCAAACACCAGGAGGGAAGAAAACAUUACUGUCAUCACCUAUCAUAGGAAAUAAAGAUAUGAAAUCUACAGAAAAUAAACUGGUUUCUCCAGACAAUAAUCAGAAUAAGGAAUCAUCUAAACUAGAAAACAGGGAGAAGGGACAAAUGAAGCCAAGGGAUAACCAGGGAAAAGGGCCAGCUGGCAAAGGCCAAUAUAGAAUGGAAGAUACUAGAGGCAGAGGACGGAGCCAAUCAGAAGAUAUGAGAGGAAAGGAAAUAGCAAAUAGAGGGAGAGAUCAAUCAAGGGAUGUUGUUGGUAGAGAGAUAAGCAGCGGGCUAAGAACCCAAUGCAGACGUCCAGGUCGGGUAAGCAAGUGGGAUUCUGUGAUAGACAGACAGGGAACUAACCAGGAAAGAGUACAGGACAAGCAAUCAAACAGCCAGGAAAGAGGAUUACCAGCUCCUCAGACGGGCAGCAGGGAAAGAAUCCAAACAAAUAGCCAGGAAAGAGGUACAAUCAGGCCUCCCAGCAGUCAGGAGAGAGGACUGGACUGGCAAAUUGGAAGUAGGGAGAGAGCCCUGGGUCGACAACCUAGAGAGAGGGACACAGAUAGACAAGGUAUUGGUCAGGAAAGAGAACCCAUUAGAAGCAAUCGGGAGCAAGAUCUACAUAGACAUGAUACAGGACUUGGAGGAAAUGUUGAAAAUUUACCACCAUUUUGCGAAGAACCACCAAGGGCUCCAUGGAGUUAUGAAGAGCAAAGCAGAGAAGAGGGUCAUUCAUUUGACUACAGAGAUAUUCCUCCUUUAGAAUACAGACAAUUAGAUGAUUGGGAAAGAGAUAGAUAUUGGCACGAUCAAGACCAGAGGUUUGAUGAUUCUCUUGAUCCAUAUGAGAUAGAUGAUGGGGUACUACAACAUCAUCCCUUACCCCCUCUUUCACCACUUCCCCCUCUUCCUCCUUUACCUCCUUUGGUGGAUCAGGAAUCAUUUUGGGAUGAUUGGGAAAGACCAUUGAGUAGAGACAGAGUGGAAGACAUAGAUCUUGGCAGUAUCAGAAUACCCUUGGAUGUGUAUGAUUGUGAAUUGGAAAGAGACUGGGACAUGGAUUAUAUCAGAUCAUCGGGGGACAGAGAUACAUUGAAUUGUGAUAUGGACAUACCGCCUCUACCUCCUUUGCCACCUCUGCCUCCACUUCCUCCAAUAGAUAGAUAUCAUGAGGACAGAUGGUUAGAAGAGAGAGACAGAGAUUUCUACAACAGAGAUUCUAGAGACAGAGGCGAGAUUAGAAUUCGUGAAUAUCCAGAAAGACAUGAUACAUGGAGAGAACAGACUGAUUUCCCUCCUGACACAGGAGAUUGGGAAAGAGAAAGGUUUUCAGAGAGGUGGUAUCCUGAUGAAAUGGAUAGAUUUACAUCUUUAGACAAUCGUCUGGAUCUACCACCCAUGCUACCACACUCAUCUGAAUUGUUGGAAGAGGAGCCAAAUUUAGCUUCUGAUCCGUCAUUAGGAGGAGUAAUGGUUCUUAGUCAAAGGCAACAUGAAAUAAUCUUGAAGGCUGCCCAAGAACUAAAGAUGAUACGGGAACAAAAAGAACAUAUGAAGAAGAUGAAGGAAUUUGUUCCUGACGUUCAAAUGUCUGAACCCCCACCACAAGAAAUGUCUAGGUUACAAAGUACACCUGCUAGGAAAGAUAAAUUUCAGGCCUCUUCUGAAAUGCAAGGUAAAAGGACAGCAGAGAAACAAGCUAUUAAGCCUACUCCAGCUGUAAUUAUAAAGCCCCCUGUCUUGUUUCGGAAACCUCCUCCAACCACUCAGCCACCUCCUGUAAAAUCAUCUCCAGUGAUAAGACCUUCUGUUUCAGCUGGAAAGGUUCCUGUCCCAAAAGGAAAGCCACCUGCUGUACCAUUACAGUCAAAUAUUCCAGUUUCCAUUUCAACUGUAGCAGCAACUCAGGUUUCAGUUCCCGUGGAAAACAUAUCAACUUAUUCGACCCAAGAACGUUGGGAUGAGGACACUUUCCAGGGACUUUGGGACACUAAUGACGAUAAAGGGUUGAAAUCAGAAUAUGACUUACCUAAAUCGGAUUCUUCAUUGCCUUCAUCAACAAUCUCAGCACCCCUUUUGCCUACUACAGCACCCCCUUUGCCUACUAUGGCACCCCCUUUGCCUACUACGGCACCCCUUUUGCCUACUACGGCACCCCUUUUGCCUACUACGGCAUCCCUUUUGUAUACUACAGCACCCCCUUUGCCUACUACGGCAUCCCUUUUGUAUACUACGGCACCCCUUUUGCCUACUACGGCACCCCAUGCCAAGCCACCAAUUAUUCAGCAGACUGUUGACUAUGGACAUGGACAUGGACACGGACACAGCCAUGGUCAAGAUUUAACUAUCAGUAAAAGCGGACAACAAGUUCCUUACGGGGAGCGAAUAACUCUGCAUCCAGAACCUCAUGAAAGGCAACCCUUUUCAAAAGAACACUUAGGCCAGCGUGAUCGAUACACCAAGGAGAGAGAGAGUUAUUUUGAACGACAAAAUAAUUCCAAUCCAGACCACAGGGAUUUCAGGAGGGAACGAGAAUCGUACAGAGAACGGAUUUCUGGAGAUCAUGAUCGGGAACGAUUUGACAAAGAACGAUACUCACGAGAAGACAGGCCAUCUCCUUCAAGAAAUCAGUCUUACCGUGACAAAGAUCAUUCAGUCUCAAGAAGAGGAGGAUUUGAAAGACAGUCAUAUGAGCGGAAGCCUGAUCGUCCUCCUUAUGAUCAUGGGCAUUCCAUGUUUGGAGGUGAUCGAAGAAAUUAUGCUGAGGAUAGAAUUUCUAUUUCUGCUCCAACAAUACCACGACAACCACCACCCGCCCCACGGGUAGAGAGAAAACCAGAAUCAAAAAAUGUAGAUGACAUAUUGAAGCAGCCUGGACGAGAAAGUAGACCAGAACGGAUUGUCAUAAUCAUGCGAGGAUUGCCAGGCAGUGGAAAGACCCAUGUUGCUAAGCUCAUCAGGGAUAAAGAAGUUGAAUGUGGAGGAGCUGCACCCAGAGUACUCAGCUUGGAUGACUAUUUUAUUACUGAAAUAGAAAAAGAAGAGAGGGAUCCAGACACAAAGAAAAGAGUAAAAAAGAAGAUUUUGGAAUAUGAAUAUGAAGCUGAUAUGGAAGAGAUCUAUCGUGCCAGCUUGUUUAAAACUUUCAAGAAGACUUUGGAUGAUGGAUUUUUUCCCUUCAUCAUACUUGAUGCUAUCAAUGACAGAGUACGGCAUUUUGAGCAAUUCUGGAGCUCUGCAAAAACAAAAGGAUUUGAGGUUUACUUAGCUGAAAUAACUGCAGAUAAUCAGACUUGUUGCAAGAGAAACGUCCAUGGACGCAAGCUCAAAGAAAUCAAUAAGAUGGCUGAUCAUUGGGAGACAGCACCCCGUCACAUGAUACGUUUAGACAUUCGCUCCUUAUUACAAGAUGCUGCUAUUGAAGAGGUGGAGAUGGAAGACUUUGAUGCAAAUAUUGAAGACCAAAAAGACGAAAACAAAAAAGAUGCAGAAGAAGAAGAGAGCGAACUGGGUUACAUUCCGAAAAGCAAAUGGGAGAUGGAUACUUCUGAAGCAAAAUUAGACAAAUUGGAUGGGUUGCGAACUGGUACUAAGAGGAAACGUGAUUGGGAAGCAAUUGCCAGCAGAAUGGAAGAUUACCUUCAGCUUCCAGAUGAUUAUGAUAGCCGUGCUUCUGAACCUGGGAAAAAAAGGGUAAGGUGGGCAGAUCUUGAAGAAAAAAAGGAUGCAGACAGAAAGAGGGCCAUUGGUUUUAUUGUGGGACAAACAGACUGGGAGAAAAUCACAGAUGAAAGUGGUCAUUUUGCUGAGAAAGCCCUCAAUCGCACCAAAUACAUCUGAAUCGGUUGGCACAUGGAAGAUGUCUUCCUUUAAGGCUGUUCGCUUUGGUGAGAGACGUACACAAGGUGGUAUGGUUGGAACAUGUCAUUGCCCAUCUAGAGAGCUUUGUGAUUCUUUCUUUUUGAACUUUUUUAUUUCAUUGUGUUCCUUCAGUUUUAAUUGUUGAUAUCCAAGAUCCCCAAGUUAUAUAAUAUCCUCUUGCAUCUAAAUGUGAAAAAUAAUUUUAUGUUAAAAUCAGUAGUCUUAGAGUUUAUGUGUACAGUAGAAUUGCAAGACAGUACUGAAGCCAUUUCCUCUGCUGUACUCUGACCCAGUGUCAGCAUUACUUUGUAUUGUUGCUUUGUGCUAUUGUUAUUUUAUACUGUACAAACUUGGUAGUUUAUUGUAAUAGGAAACAGAACAAUAAACUUUCACUCUGAAUUUAAUAA